GAGCGGGCGGCGAGAGUCCGGCGCGUUGGGAGCGGGCCGCGCGGCACCAUGUCGGCCAAGGUGCGGCUCAAGAAGCUGGAGCAGCUGCUCCUGGACGGGCCGUGGCGCAACGAGAGCGCCCUGAGCGUGGAGACGCUGCUCGACGUGCUCGUCUGCCUGUACACCGAGUGCAGCCACUCGGCCCUGCGGCGCGACAAGUAUGUGGCCGAGUUCCUCGAGUGGGCUAAACCAUUUACGCAGCUGGUGAAGGAGAUGCAGCUUCAUCGAGAAGACUUCGAAAUCAUUAAAGUGAUCGGAAGAGGGGCUUUCGGAGAGGUCGCCGUUGUCAGGAUGAAGAGCACUGAGCGAAUCUACGCCAUGAAAAUCCUCAACAAGUGGGAGAUGCUGAAACGGGCGGAGACGGCCUGUUUCCGAGAAGAACGGGACGUGCUGGUGAACGGGGACUGCCAGUGGAUCACGACGCUGCACUAUGCCUUCCAGGACGAGAAUUACCUGUACUUGGUCAUGGACUACUAUGUGGGUGGUGAUUUGCUGACCCUGCUCAGUAAAUUUGAAGACAAGCUUCCGGAAGAUAUGGCAAGAUUCUACAUUGGUGAAAUGGUGUUGGCCAUCGACUCCAUCCAUCAGCUGCACUACGUGCACAGAGACAUCAAACCUGACAAUGUCCUUUUGGACGUGAAUGGUCAUAUCCGCCUGGCUGACUUUGGAUCAUGCUUGAAGAUGAAUGACGAUGGAACUGUCCAGUCCUCUGUGGCCGUGGGCACUCCUGACUACAUCUCGCCCGAGAUCCUGCAGGCGAUGGAGGACGGCAUGGGCAAGUACGGCCCCGAGUGUGACUGGUGGUCGCUGGGCGUCUGCAUGUACGAGAUGCUGUACGGAGAAACGCCCUUCUACGCAGAGUCGCUCGUGGAGACCUAUGGAAAGAUCAUGAACCACGAGGAGCGAUUUCAGUUUCCAUCCCACGUCACCGACGUGUCUGAAGAAGCCAAAGACCUCAUUCAGAGACUCAUCUGCAGCAGGGAGCGCCGGCUGGGCCAGAAUGGGAUAGAGGACUUCAAGAAGCACGCGUUCUUUGAAGGUCUGAAUUGGGAGAACAUACGGAACCUGGAGGCCCCUUAUAUUCCUGACGUGAGCAGUCCUUCUGACACUUCCAACUUCGACGUGGAUGAUGACGUGCUGAGAAACAUCGAAAUACUGCCUCCGGGUUCUCACACGGGCUUCUCUGGGCUGCACUUGCCCUUCAUCGGUUUUACGUUCACAACGGAAAGCUGUUUCUCUGACCGCGGCUCUCUGAAGAGCAUCAUGCAGUCCAGCACCCUGACCAGAGACGAGGGCGUACAGCGGGACCUAGAGAACAGCCUGCAGGUGGAGGCCUAUGAGCGGCGCAUUCGGAGGCUGGAGCAGGAGAAGCUGGAGCUGAGCAGGAAGCUGCAAGAGUCCACGCAGACGGUGCAGUCCCUGCACGGCUCCACGCGGGCGCUGGGCGGCUCGGCGCGGGAGAAGGAAAUCAAAAAGCUCAACGAAGAGAUCGAGCGUCUGAAGAGUAAAAUAGCAGAUUCAAACAGGCUCGAGCGACAGCUGGAGGACACGGUGACCCUUCGCCAAGAGCAUGAGGACUCCACGCAUCGGCUGAAAGGCCUGGAAAAGCAGUACCGUGUGGUGCGGCAGGAGAAGGAGGAUUUUCACAAGCAAUUGGUGGAGGCUUCGGAGCGAUUGAAAUCCCAGGCCAGAGAACUCAAAGACGCCCACCAGCAGCGAAAGCUGGCCUUGCAGGAGUUCUCGGAGCUCAACGAGCGCAUGGCCGAGCUCCGCUCCCAGAAGCAGAAGGUGUCCCGGCAGCUCCGAGACAAAGAGGAGGAGGUGGAGGCGGCCAUGCAGAAGAUGGACUCCAUGCGGCAGGAGAUGCGCAAGUCCGAGAAGCUCAGGAAGGAGCUGGAAGCGCGGCUGGAGGACGCGGUUGCCGAGGCCUCCAGGGAGCGCAAGCUCCGUGAGCACAGCGAGAACUUCUCCAAGCAAGUGGAGAGUGAGCUCGAGGCCCUCAAGAUGAAGCAAGGAGGCCGGGGACCAGGUGCCACCUUAGAACACCAGCAGGAGAUUUCCAAAAUCAAAUCUGAGCUCGAGAAGAAAGUCCUGUUUUAUGAAGAGGAGUUGGUCAGGCGUGAGGCCUCCCAUGUGCUGGAGGUCAAAAACGUGAAGAAGGAGGUGCACGAUUCGGAGAGCCACCAGCUGGCCCUGCAGAAGGAAGUUCUCGUGUUAAAAGACAAAUUGGAGAAGUCCAAGCGAGAGCGGCACACAGAAAUGGAGGAGGCGGUAGGCACAGUAAGAGAUAAGUACGAGCGCGAGAGAGCCUUGCUGCUGGAGGAGAACAAGAAGCUCACGGCUGAGAACGAGAGGCUUUGUUCCUUUGUGGAUAAACUCACAGCGCAAAAUAGACAGCUAGAGGACGAGCUGCGGGAUCUGGCGGCCAAGAAGGAGUCGGUGGCCCACUGGGAAGCCCAGAUUGCAGAGAUCAUACAGUGGGUCAGCGAUGAGAAAGAUGCCCGAGGUUAUCUUCAGGCUCUUGCCUCCAAGAUGACCGAAGAGCUCGAGGCCCUGAGGAGCUCCAGUCUGGGGUCCAGAGCACUGGAUCCCCUUUGGAAAGUCCGCCGGAGUCAGAAGCUGGACAUGUCGGCGCGGCUGGAGCUGCAGUCCGCCCUCGAGGCAGAGAUCCGGGCCAAGCAGCUGGUUCAGGAGGAGUUGAGGAAAGUCAAAGACACGAAUCUGUCCUUUGAAAGUAAACUAAAGGAUUCCGAAGCCAAAAAUAGAGAAUUAUUAGAAGAAAUGGAAAUUCUGAAGAAAAAGAUGGAAGAAAAAUUUAGAGCAGAUACUGGACUCAAACUUCCAGAUUUUCAGGAUUCCAUUUUUGAGUAUUUCAACACUGCGCCUCUUGCACACGAUCUGACAUUUAGAAGCGGCUCAGCUGGGGAGCAAGAGACACAGGCUCCAAAGGCAGAGGUGUCCCCAUCGGUUUCCGCGGCCGCAAGCACAGAACAGCAGGAAGACAUGGCUCGGGCCACACAGAGGCCACCCGCUGUGCCGCUGCCCACCACGCAGCCCCUCGCGCUGGCCGGACCAAAGCCAAAAGCUCACCAGUUCAGCAUCAAGUCCUUCUCCAGCCCCACACAGUGCAGCCACUGCACGUCCCUGAUGGUGGGCCUGAUCCGGCAGGGCUACGCCUGCGAGGUGUGCUCGUUCGCGUGCCACGUAUCCUGCAGAGAGAGCGCACCCCAGGUGUGCCCCAUCCCUCCUGAGCAGUCCAAGCGGCCUCUGGGCGUGGAUGUGCAGAGGGGCAUAGGAACAGCCUACAAGGGCUAUGUUAAGGUCCCGAAGCCCACUGGGGUGAAGAAAGGAUGGCAGCGGGCUUACGCAGUGGUCUGUGACUGCAAGCUCUUUCUCUACGACCUGCCCGAGGGAAAGUCCACCCAGCCUGGCGUUGUCGCCAGCCAGGUCCUGGACCUCAGAGAUGAGGAGUUCUCGGUGAGCUCGGUCCUGGCCUCAGACGUCAUACACGCUUCCCGCCGAGAUAUCCCGUGUAUAUUCAGGGUGACAGCUUCUCUUUUAGGGACACCUUCUAAGACCAGCUCACUGCUCAUUCUGACAGAAAAUGAGAACGAGAAGAGGAAGUGGGUUGGGAUUCUGGAAGGACUGCAGUCCAUCCUCCACAAGAACCGCUUGAAGAACCAGGUCGUGCACGUCCCGCAGGAGGCCUACGACAGCACGCUGCCUCUCAUCAAGGCUGUCCUGAGCGCCGCCGUCAUUGAUGGGGACAGGAUCGUGGUCGGCCUAGAAGAAGGGCUGUACGUCAUAGAGGUGACCCGCGAUGUGAUCGUCCGUGUUGCUGACUACAAGAAAGUCUACCAGAUCGAGCUUGCUCCCAAAGAGAAAGUUGCCGUCCUCCUCUGCGGCCGGAACCACCACGUCCAUCUCUGUCCGUGGUCUGCUUUCGAUGGGGCAGAAAGCAGCGCCGACGUCAAGCUUCCAGAAACAAAAGGCUGCCAGCUCAUCGCAACCGCGACGCUGAGGAAGAGCUCCUCCACCUGCCUGUUUGCGGCUGUGAAGCGCCUGGUCCUUUGCUAUGAGGUCCAGAGAACUAGGCCUUUCCACAGGAAGGUCAAUGAAAUCGUGGCCCCCGGCACUGUGCAGUGGAUGGCCGCGCUCAAGGACAAGCUGUGUGUGGGCUACCCGUCUGGGUUCUCUCUGCUGAGCCCCCAGGGGGACGGGCAGGCUCUAACCCUGGUAAAUCCCAAUGACCCCUCGCUUACAUUCCUCUCACAGCAGUCUUUUGAUGCCCUUUGUGCUGUGGAGCUCAAAAGCGAGGAGUACCUGCUUUGCUUCAGCCACAUGGGACUGUACGUGGACCCACAAGGUCGGAGGUCACGCAUGCAGGAGCUCAUGUGGCCUGCGGCGCCUGUUGCCUGUAGUUGCAGCCCCUCUCACGUCACGGUGUACAGCGAGUACGGCGUGGACGUGUUCGACGUGCGCACCAUGGAGUGGGUCCAGACCAUCGGCCUGCGGAGGAUACGGCCGCUGAGCUCCGACGGCUCCCUCAACCUCCUCAGCUGCGAGCCCCCCCGCCUGAUCUACUUCAAGAGCAAGUUCGCGGGAACGGCCCUCAACGUGCCCGACACGUCUGAUAACAGCAAGAAGCAGAUGCUCCGGACCAGGAGCAAGAGGCGCUUCGUCUUCAAGGUGCCGGAGGAGGAGCGGCUGCAGCAGCGGCGAGAGAUGCUUAGAGACCCAGAGUUGAGAUCCAAAAUGAUAUCCAACCCCACCAACUUCAACCACGUGGCCCACAUGGGCCCCGGUGACGGCAUGCAGGUGCUCAUGGACUUGCCUCUGAGCGCCGUACCCCCCUCCCAGGAGGAAAGGCCUGGCCCUGCUCCCCCCAACCUGUCUCGGCAGCCUCCACCCAGGAACAAGCCCUACAUCUCAUGGCCCUCAUCAGGGGGGUUGGAGCCUGGAGUGGCUGUGCCUCUUAGGAGUAUGUCCGAUCCUGACCAGGACUUUGACAAAGAGCCUGACUCCGACUCGACCAAACACUCGACUCCAUCGAACAGCUCCAACCCCAGCGGCCCCCCAAGCCCCAACUCCCCGCACAGGAGCCAGCUCCCCCUCGAAGGCCUGGAGCAGCCAGCCUACGAUGCCUGAAGCCACCGGCCUCGCCACCACGGGGCCGGGGAGCUGGGGUGGGUGGCCUCCGGUGCCAGUGCCAAGACUGAGCUGACCCUCCAGUGUUGUCCAAGGAAACGUAGACUCAAUAUGUAGAUAUGGAGAUAAAGAAAAAUCUUUAUUAUAAUAAUGAUCAGUUUUCUGCCACAUGGUUGGUGGUGGUGGGCCCGACCCACUGACCCGCACCACGGUGGGACAGCACCAUUCCGUUUGCACAGGAAGGACCAGCACCUCGCCUCCCCCGCCCGGAACCAGCUGUGGAUGCCGGCCUCCCGAGGGGUGAGCCCGCAGGCCCCGUGCAGCCUCUGUGACGAGCCUGUUCCCUGCUCCCUAGGACCUUAGAGAAUCGUAGGAAAUUGUGUUUCAGUCCCCGUGUCCCUAGAAUCUUGAAGACGGGAAAGCGGAGGUUAGUCGGUGGCCUUCGUCUUCGCUUAGCCAUUACAGUCAGCUGCAGACCUUCUGCCGACCGUGUAGCCAUGGCCAGAGGCCCCCGGAGCCACCCCUGCCCUGGGCUGUGUGUGUGUGUGUGUGUGUGUGUGUGUGUCCGUGUGUCCAUCCACUCCUGGUCACAGCCGUCAAGUGUCACCUGUCUCACUACUGUGAAGUCCCUGCGCUCGCACGGCUGCUGCCUCACCAUGAAGGUGGGCGUGGCGAGCUGCCACUGGGCAAGAGGAGGCCAGCGCCCCCGGAGCCCUGCUGCGGGCGCCGGACACCCCCCCGCCGCCCCGCCCCUGCAUGGAGCCCUGUGGUUAGUGCCCGUAUGCAUCACAUAGACUCGCCCAACACUCCUGCACAUUGGCUCUGCCCGUGGAUUUACUCUCCCCCUUCCUUGCUGCUGUGUUGAGUAAUCAGGUCUGUGCCCUGUCCUGUGAAAGGCUUAUUAACCGGCCGGCCGGCGGCGCUGGUCUCCGGCCCAGGACGGGCUCUGCCCUGCGCUCCCGCUGGUCCGCGUUCUGGCGACGCUGUGGAAGACGUGCACUUCCCUUGAGUCGGCACUGAGUGAUGUGGGCACCACGGCCUGCCUGUGCGUGUCGCACACCCAGCGCCUGCUGUCCGCUGCCCCCUGGGCCUUCUGCUGGGGCUGGCACCUGCUGGGGGUUCUGGUUUUUACUUUUUUAAUGUAAGUCUGAGUCUUUGUAAUUAUUGAAUCGUGAGAACAUUUUUGAACAAUUUAGCUGCCAAUAAAGCAGAAGACAGCAGUUUUG